AUGAGCGUGAAUGCUAAUCGAAAGCGAAUGCGUUCGAACGAUAAUGAAGGAUGUUUUUCGCUGCAGAGGAAGACGUUUGUUAAUCAACACGUAAUGGAACGGCAGGAUACAAACAAAAUGAAACAGAUCCAAGCGAAAACCAUUAAUUUAUUGUAUCAAGGUGCAAAGAAAAAUGAUCUAGCUAGUGCCACUGGACGCACGGACUCGUUAAAAUCAAUUCGUUUGCUCGGUGGAGGAGAAAUCGAUUAUGAUAUGAAUGCGACAUCUACAUGGGUAGGAAAAAAAGCCGAUCGAAAAUGUCGCAUGUGCGAUCGUAUGUCAAUCAUCCACGCCGACUGCAGGAACUGUAACCUAGAGCUAUGCGAAUAUUGCGGCGUUAACUGUAAUUUUUGCCCUGAAAAGAUUUGUGUGAACUGUGUGAACAUAUUCCAAUGUGAAUCACACGAUGUACCCUGCUGCGAAGAAUGCAAAAUGUUUGUGUGAUUAAUCAUGGAUAAAGCAAUUAUGGAUAUAUGAUGCAAUAUGUUGUUAUACUACGAUACUUAGGCCAAGCAUGAGUUUAUUAAUUAUUUAAAUUUCAGUGUUUAAAAUCAUAAUAAAAC